AUGUUUUGUUGUUUAGGUAGAAAAAAACGGGAUAAUGAGAUCGAAAAAGCAAAUACAAAAAAAAGAAAUGGUAGAAAGAUUCAUACUACGAAAUUGAUAAUCUAAUGA